AUGUCGGUAGCAGGAAAUGGAGCCAUUAAUAAGAGCAAGGGCCAGAGCAAGACCAAGAUUCUGGCGGCCAAAAAGAAGCCGGCCUCGGCAGAUCAGGCCCAAAGCCACAACUUAAAGGCGGCUCGAAAGCGAACGCAGAACCGCAUCUCUCAGAAAUGUCUCCGUGAGAAGCAGCUUGCACAGAUGCAACAUCUGAAUUCAUUCCUGGACAUGAUCCAAGCCAGUCGAACUGGUGGCGACGACAACAACACGGCCUUGAUGAAGGCUCACCUGAAGCUGCUCGAGGAGAACCAGCAGAUGAAGGCGGUGCUGCUCCGGAUGAGAAAGAAACUUCUCAGCCUUAGCAACAGCACCUCCAAUGCCGCAGAUGAUGACAUUUUCGACCACAUUUUGGGCCAGGCCGAGGCCAACGAUGUAGAACUAGAUACCUCGACGCAAAGAAAACAGAUCAACCAAACACCAAAAACCAAGGUAUCUUCACAGGGCCUCAUAGUAAACGAAGACUAUGACGAAGCAGCCGUCGAUUAUGGUAACAGUGCUUGGUCUGGGCGUGCGCACUCAGAUAGUCCGGCCCAUCGAGUUUCCAGAGGCGGAGGCACAAGCGAGAGGAGUCCCAAUGAGGCUGAAAUACUACACAACAAUGAGGAUAGUCCGCCAUUCCCAAGUUUCGAGGACCAUCGAGCCGAUUUCAGGGCCAACCUCCGCGACGAACUGCAAUGGACACCUAUGAUGGAAAGUGUCGAUUUCAGCAAUAUGCCGGACAUGCUCAACCCCGUGCCAGAGCCGACAUUUGAUUUAGCCCUCUCCCUGGAUUCGACGGAGGCCAGAUUUCUGCACUACACCAGCCAGACGAUGCUGGGUGACACAGUAAAUCUGUCUGGGAAGGCAAUGGCCGAUCUGGUGGAACGGGCAUGCAUCAUUUAUGCCUUGCAGAUUCUAAACAUGCCGGUCGAUGCAGAUGGGCCCGAGGGGCCGCAGGUUCUUGCCGCGCUCAAGCAGCAAUAUGCCCAUAGGGUUCCUGACCAAGUUGUCGAAGAUCUGGCCCGGGUUGCGACCAACAUCCUCACCGUAUUCGCAGGGAUUGAUGCAUACGCGUACGGCAUAGGAGCGAGCGAGAUCAUGGAACGCAUCCUCCGUUGGCGCCUCAAGCCGACGACAACAAAUCGAUUGGCGAUCCCCGAGCCACUUCGUCCCACUCCGCUCCAGUCCGCAGAUGGUGUUUCUCACCCUCUGGUCAUUGACUUGAUCGCCUGGCCCAAACUCCGCGACCAGUUGAUUCUUCUGAGUCGGCAAUCAGACGUCGACUAUGUCAUUGGAGACAUUGUUCUGCACACCGUGGUUGAAGUCCCUCAAAUACACAUGUCGCUGAGUGUGCUCGACCUUUUCCACAACAGGGUCUUUCCCAACAUGAACUGGUCGGCGGACACAUCCAUGCAGCAGAAGGACGGGGUACCCCCCACCUUGAUGGCAGGUCCAGACAACAAAGCCAUCCGGUCGAUUCGUAGCGAGAUAGGGCUCCGAAUGGCUCAAAUGACGGCCGACAAUGCCACCGGUAGAGAACCUGCCGGUUCGAAUGCAAAUGACAAUAGCUAUUCCGCCUUCAACGAACGUCCACUUUCACAUCCACAUCCCCCACGGCCCAAGAAACACCCGCUGUCGGCGAAGGAUGGGAUCGACAAGCUCUCCCGCUGGAAGAUCAGUCUGGAAUUCGCCGACAAGUAUCCUUCCCUGGACUGUUCAGAUCGUAAGUGCUUUCUUUCCCUUUAG